AUGUCAAAACGAGUUGACGUAUAUUCCAUGCAAAUUGUUUUGAAUUAUUUAAAAGAGUAUGGUGAUUUCAUAAAUAUUAUUUCGGUGUGUAAGAAGUAUCAAUAUACACUUGACCGCAUUCGUAUGAAUCCAAUCCAAAUCACUCCAAAAACAAAAAACCUUUUUAAAUUUAUUCAAACCCAGCAAUUUUUCUCCCCCUUUGACAUAAAACUAAACACCGAAAAAUCACUUUUUAAUUAUUCGAAAUGCGCACAAGAUUGUUUAAUUGAGUUAAAGAAUUACAACUCUUGCCCUUUCUCUGUUUUUACAAAAGAAGACCGAAUCGCUUUUGGCGGCAAAAUCCCAAACUUUGUCAAGAAAAUUGGAAAAAAUUCAUUUGAAAACUGUGAUGUACAUUCAAUAAUUCUUCCAACCUCAGUCAUUGAAAUUUCUCAAAACGCAUUUUAUGGUUGCUCGAAUAUCACAGAAAUUGUUUUGCCGCCAUAUCUCAUGACACUUGGUAAUUACUCAUUUUACAAUUGCAUAAAUUUGAAAGAAAUUAAACUCCCAAAACUGCUUAAGUUCAUUCCAGACUCAUGUUUCAAUAGAUGUACAUCACUAUCUUCCGUAAGUUUUGGCACACAAAUUACGUUGAUUGGAUAUCACGCUUUUAAUGAAUGUGCUUUCAACAAUUUUACAGUUGACAAGAAGGUCUUUAUCAACGAACUUGUAUUCACUGCAAAUACACUCACAAGUAUCAAUUUUUGUGGUAAAACGUGUAUACCCCGAAAGACAUGUUAUAAGUGUCAGCAUCUCAAAGAAGUUGUGAUGGACAACACCGUAGAGAUCAUCGCAGACUCCGCGUUUUCAGAGUGCAACUUACUUGAAAAAAUUACUCUUUCUACGAACUUGGAAGUCAUAAAUCUUAAUGCUUUUUCUAAUUGUAAAAAACUGAGUAAAUUUGACGUUCCACAAAAAGUUCGAAAAGUUGGAAGUUUUGCAUUUGAGAAAUGUGAACAAUUGAAAGAACUUGUUUUUAAUGACAAUGUUGUAUUUGAAGAUGGCGGCUGUUUUGAACAAUGCACUUCACUAACCAAAUUAGAUGUUCCAUUUUCUUAUAUGAAACACGUGUACACUGCAACUGAAAGUGAAAAGGAAAUAUUUAUGAGGCUUGGAAUUAAAGUUUUGAAUGUAAUGAAAAGCGAAGAAAUUGUUGAGAAAGUGUUUAAAUUUGACAACUUUUGUGACACAUUAUGUGAUGUUUCUAAUCACGCUGAUUACGUUCAUCUUGGGGAUUUGGACAUGUUUGACAAUGAUUCUAAUUAUUUGAGUGAACACCCAAGAGUGUACAUUCCUUCUACUAUUGUUGAAGCAGACAUUGGAUGUUACAACUUCAAUAAUCCAAUUGAGAAGCUUUUGAUAUCUGAAAAUGCCCUUUUGUUAAAUGAAUCUAAUUUUUAUGUUUACAACGCAAAUAGAAUACAAAUACCAUCCACUAUCACAAAAAUUCCAAAGUGUUGCUUUUCAAGGUCAAAACUUGAAGAGUUUGUCGUGCCGCCAAAUGUGCGUGAAAUUGGAACAGAAGCCUUUUCGGAUUCACCGAGUUUGACGUCACUUUAUAUCCCAAAAAGUGUUACAAAAAUUGGAAAACGUGUUGUUGCUGGAUGCACCAAUUUAAAUUCGAUUGUAUUUGAAGAUGGACGCAGUUUUGAUAUUGAAAAAGAAACUGAAGACCAAGAAAAUAUCCACAAUGUUACACCAAAUACAACAAAACUGAAUUAUAAAGUCGAGUUUCCUCUUAAUAGUACAAGAAUAGAAGUCCCAUCAAGUGUCACAAAAAUAUGUUAUACAUUUUUUAAAAAAUACAAAAAUUUGUGUGAAAUUGUAUUUCCUACAACAAUCAAAAAAUUUGAAAGUUUAAUAUUUGAUGAGUGUAACAAACUCACUAAAAUAUCAUUUUGUCGCUGUUCAAACAAAUCAGACAAUACACACGUGAAUGAUAUUGAACAAUUCAAAAAAUUAUUUUUCAAAACAGUUGCUGUCAGUUACGCGUUUUAUCUUCAAAUGAAAGCGUUUGGGUACACAUUUUACAAUGUCAAUUACUAUACAAUUGAUUACGACUUGUAUGGUACAAAGGUUGAUUUUUCUGUGAUUAAAUAUAUUUACAACCAAAAUAAAAAUGUUAUUUUAAAUAAUACAAAUUCAUUGAAUCAGUAUAUUUGCACUGAUUUUAAUUAUAGUAACAAGUUUGUGAUACCAUCAAAAAUUGAAGUUCUUGACAGGUGCUAUUGUAAUACUGAUUAUAUCAAAUACGUGGACGUGUCGUUGGUUACAAAGAAAAUCACUGGUGAAUGUUUUAGUGGUGCGCAAUUUCUACAAAAUGUCACGUUUUCAAACACAUUAGAAAAAAUAUGUUAUGACGUGUUUAAUAAUUGUUAUUCAUUAAAAAGUAUAACACUCCCAAAAAGUCUUAAAAAAGUUGGUGAACGAUGUUUUGCAUUUUGUUAUUCGCUUGAAAGUGUGUGUUGUGAGUCACAGGAAGUUGUUUAUAACUCGCAGUGUUUUAUGAAUUGUUUUAAUUUAAAAACAAUUCCAAAAAUUCAAUUUUUAAAACGAGGAGUCUUUUGGUGUUGCAAUUCGCUUGUUAAAUUUGAAAGGUUUGGAGAUGUUGAAUGUAUUCCUCAUUGUACGUUUAUGAAGUGUUAUAACUUGAAAGAAAUGGUAUUGCCAGAAACACUUAAAACAAUUGAGAAAUUCGCAUUCAAAAACUGUUACUCACUUGAGAAUAUUACAUUCCCAAAAACACUUGUAAAAAUGGAGGAUGGUUGUUUCAUGAAUUGCUUAAAUUUGAAAAGUGUCAAUUUUAAAAACAAAAAUAUAAAAUUUGGAAAUGAUGUAUUUGAAGGAUGUACAUCACUCACCGAAAUACAAAUUGAAGGUGAAAAGAUUAACAAUUAUAAUGGAGAAGUCAGUUAUACACUUCACAAACAGUUUGAAAAGAAUAGCAUUAUUUGUGACAACGUAAAAGUGAAAUUUAACGAUUUAAAAAUAUUUGGAAUUGAUAUUUUGAAAAAUGAAAAUGUUCAUCGCAUUGAUGAAGGUGCAUUUUUUAAUAACACAACAAUUACUGAAAUCAAAAUACCAAAUAACAUUACUCAAAUUGGUAAUUUUUGUUUUGCGUGUGCAACACAACUCGAGAAUGUCAUAUUACCAUCGUCAAUAACAGAAUUAACCCCUUUCUGUUUUGAUAAUUGUGUGUCACUAAACACAAUAAAUUUGGAACACGUCAAGAAUAUUGGAAUGGGGUGCUUCGACAACACAAAAUUUGAAAAAGUCGUGGUUUUGCAAACAAAAACAAAUUAA